AUGUCUAACGAAAGCAGUAUUAAUUAUUUGACCUCUCCGAUAGACUCAAUAGACUGCACUUUUCAAUCUCAACCUUCUUUUGAUUCUGGAAUAGCUACUCAAACUACGUCCUCCAUUAUUCAUGAACAAGUGAUUCAAACCGAAUCCAGUACAUUUUCUAAUGCACAUGCAAAAAGUAAAGUUUGGAAUUAUUUUACCAAGCCAUAUGGUCCACUCCAAAGUCGCAAAACAAAAUGUCAUGAAUGUGGAAUUGAAUUUUCAUAUCAUAGUUCACUUUCUUUAUUAAAAUACCAUUUGAAGAAUAAACAUAAAAUUGACAUAUUCACUAAUUUAAGUCAAGUGAAAAGGCAAUCACAACAACAAAUUCCAA